AUGCCAUACGUAUUUCCUACUGUUAAAGAUAAAGGAACCCUGGUGACUUUUGUUGUUCUCUCUCUAAUGAAGCAUGAAGUCUGGGUACCCACAACAAUAAAAGUAAAGAUUGCUGCCAGAGAAGGAGCAAAUCUUGCUCAACUAUUGAGUGAGGCUCAAGAUCGAAAUAAACAUCUUGGAGAAGAGAUUAGAGAGCUUCAGCAGAGACUGGGAGAAGUACAAGGGGACAAUAAGCUCCUUCGAAUGACAAUAGCAAAGCAAAGACUUGGAGAUGAUGAAGUUGGGGCUCGCCACUUUGCAGCACAUGAACGGGAGGACCUUGUUCAACAGCUGGAGAAGGCUCGAGAACAAAUCGAGACUCUAAGGUAUGAUCUUCAGGCUGCACUGGAUGAGUUACAGGAUGUGAAAGAGGAACGCUCUUUUUACCAAGAUAAGUCUGACAGAUUAAACCAAGAACUUAAUCAUGUCUUAGGAGGGCAUGAAAACCGCAUCAUCGACGUAGAUGCUUUAUGUAUGGAGAACAGGUAUCUUCAAGAGAGAUUAAAACAACUUCAAGAGGAAGUCAACCUUCUUAAGUCUCAUAUUACUAAAUAUAAGAAUGCACUAGAAAGACGAAAAAAUUCAAAGACUCGUAGUAGAUCCAGUAGCAGUGCUUUGACUGGAGUCCUGUCUGCAAAGCAAGUCCAAGAGUUGUUGUCGGAGGAUCAGGGAUGCAGCCUACCAGCCACACCACAGUCCAUUUCAGAUCUCAAAUCACUGGCCACUGCAUUACUGGAAACUAUCCAUGAAAAAAACAUGGUCAUACAACACCAAAGGCAAACCAACAAGUAG